CUUACUCAACCGCCGCGGAAAUUAAAGUAAACCCAACACAUGGAUCGGUUUUUUCCUGAGAAACUUCUGGGUGAGAUUUUCUGGGAUGAAUCUCUCUUAGCCACAAACCAAAGUGAUUUUCUCCAGAAUUCCCAGUUCGUGAAGGAUCAACCUUUUCUUCGUUCAACUCAAAGUGCUUUCGUUCAAUAUCGAGAACUACCCAUAAUCAAUUCUCCAAAAUGGUCAAAUUCUCAAACCAUGAGUAAGAGAAUGAUUGCGUUCUUGAGAAAAAGUUUGACCGCAGAGAGCAACACGGGAGCAGAGCAUGAAAGAGAACGUUGUUUUAGGCACAUGAUUAACGAAAGAAUGAGGAGACAGAGGCAGAGACAGUGUUGCUUGGCCCUGCAUGCGUUGUUACCUCAUGGAACCAAAACGGAUAAUAAUUCUGUAAUUCAAAUGGCAGCCAAGGAGAUCAUUCGGCUACAAGGAUGCAGAGAAGAGUUGCAGAGGAAAAAUGUUGUUCUUGAAGCAAAUCUUGAAGACGUGAAGAGCAACAGAGUUGAGGGAAGCAAAGUUCAAUUUUUAAGAGUUCCAUAUCCUACUUCGGGGAUAGAUUCUAUGAUUGAGACCCUCAAAUGCUUGAAAUACCGUGGAGUGGACACCAGAAGCAUCAAAUCAACUUUUUCCCCGCAUGAGUUGUUUGCAGCGUUAGAGACAGAGACCAAGGUUGCAGAUGCUGAAGUGGAAAGGGCAAUUUGGAGCACACUUGAUGAACUUGAGUGGAGCUUUCUUUCCCAUGCCAUUGAAGGUUCUAAAAGGCAAAGGCUAGAUCUGAAGCUUUAGACCAAACUGAGUUUUAUUACCCAAAAGAAAAGAGGAGGUUGGAUUUGUAAAUAGACGCGCGAUGAAGAAGACAUGUACGGGUCAAUUGAUUUUUGGUUUUAUUUAUAGUCGUCAAGGUUGUCUACAUGUGAAGUCUUCUAUGAAAUGAAGAUUCGAAAACGUCGCACACGCGUUCCAUUCACCUAAUACAAGAAACGUAGAAGGCAAUUAAUUGACAGAAAACCGUAAAUAAUUUAAGUUGAAGUUGUAUUUUAUGAAAUUCUUAUUAAAUAAUUUAUGUGUUCUAUCAAUAUAUUAAAUUCUUAUUAUAUGAAAUAAAAUACUGAGACCGUUAAUCC